AUGCUUGCCAUCAACUUUGCUCUGCAAGAGGCUGUUGGAGAGCAAGUGUUGGACACACCCAGUGACAAAUGCAAGGCAUUGCACAACAAAGACUUGCUCUGGUUCCUCCACAAGGCAAGCAAGACCCACAGUGCAAAGCACAUCAAUGCUCUUGUCAAGAACCUUGCAAGGAGCACCUUCAUAGCAAAGGCUGUAGAAGGCAAGGGUCAAGUUGCUGCGCUACAGACAGCUGCGCUGCAAGCCCCUGAUGGUGAUGCCUUCCUGGAGCUAGUGCCUGCCAUUGGCAUUGUAGAGCAAGUGCUCAUCAACCUUGGCCCACCAUUGAGGUCAUUCAACUUGGCAAGUGUCACUCUCUCUCUCUCACUUUCCAACGUCACCAUUCACGCCCAUCUCACUGUCAACUUCCCUCUCACAAACAUCAACAUCCUUCUCUGUGUCCCCUGUCUCACCCUCACUGUCCUUAACACAAGCGUCACCGUUGACAUCCUCUGCGUCAUCAUCAACUCUCCUCCUGCAAGCGUCACCAUCAACUCUCUUCUUGCCGCAUUUGCCCAUCCUGCAAGGCACUGGUGGAAUGGUCACCUCCCAAAGGCCCGCCACAAGACUAUUCUUCAAGUUUGCGCUCUGAAGCAGGCUGCAGAGAAUGCUGUCCGGAGGGUGGACAAGCUGAUGGCCAACAGCAUCGCACCAGUGGUAUGCAUCAGCAGGGAUGUCAUGAUGGGGGAUGUGCUGGGUCAGACCACCUUCUUUGGGAGCAUUGCCAACAGCGGACCUGAGCUGUGGCGCUGGAUAGCAAAGGAAGCUGGACUUGAGCUUGGUCCCUUUCUGGACCUCUUUGCCCACACCCUAGACAAGCACAAAGAAUGGCUAAUCUUCUUGAUUGGCCUUCUUUGGAUCCUAUGCGGCAUCACUUACCCCAUGGUGCUGGUGAUGUUGUUGGCAGAAGUGGCCACUACAGUCUUGAAAUCUGCAAGCGUGCGCUUCAACAUGAUUGCCAAUGCAGGCACCAUCUCCGUUGUUAGCAGUCUUGAUGCGGUGGCGGUGAUCUUGCCAGAUCCUGGCGCUCUAAAGUACAAGGGCUCACCCGUGCGGCAGAGCACCCUCCUGGACCUGAUCUACCUUUGCUGCUUAAAGGGAUGCCUGCUGCAGCACCUGGCUCCACAGUUCACUGGCAAUGCUCCAAGGCUAAAGGCGGCAGCAGAGGCUCAGUCAGCAGAGCUCCGCAUUGACAAGCUCAUCGCCAAUGCCAUCAAGCAACACAAGACUUGGAGCAAGGUCAUCUCUGUGCGCAUGCGCAAUCAGCAGGCGUACCUCAACAAGCUGGAGGAUGCUAAACCCUAACCAUGCUUGGAAAGCAGCGCAGGAUUGCUCCGCCCUGACGUCCAAGCUGAGCAUCCAAUCCGAGCAGCUCCCUCCAAGUGUGUGAACACGAAGUCGUUGCACGAACUUGCAGACGAGUGUUUCAGGGACGAGGUAGGUAGCUCUUGCGUUGCGGAUACAAGUACAGGGUGUUGCGCGUUCAUGCGGAGAGGAGCAGCUUGAGACGCCGCGAGCUUCAAAGGGGAGAGAGAGAGAGAGAGAGAGAGAGAGAGAGAGAGAGAGAGAGAGAGAGAGAGAGAGAGGGAGAGGGACGUGUACGUGGAGGAAGUGCGAGAAGAAUUCCUCGAGGGCUGGGUGCGUCGGAUCGUGAUGCGCGC